CCUGCCCGCUCGCCGCCGCAGCCCCGUCCGCACAGGCACCAUUUUGUGGCGGCUGCCCGCGCCCCCGGGGGGAGCAGGGCUCUUCUCCUGCCGCGUGGAGCGGCUGCCGGCGAGGGGAACCUGUUGGGCACCUGCCCGGCCGCCGGCGCGGACCAUGGUGCAGCCCCGCCGGCUCCCCCGCGCGCCUCUCCCGUGAGCCUGGCUGCGGGGAGGGAUCAUGGAUACUUGUCUGCCUGCUUCUGGUUCCCACGCAAGUAAGCCUGCCGUCAAUGGAGGAGGACAUUGAUACCCGCAAAAUCAACAACAGUUUCCUGCGCGACCACAGCUAUGCGACCGAAGCUGACAUUAUCUCUACGGUAGAAUUCAACCACACAGGAGAAUUACUAGCGACAGGGGACAAGGGGGGUCGGGUUGUAAUAUUUCAACGAGAGCAGGAGAGUAAAAAUCAGGUUCAUCGGAGGGGUGAAUACAAUGUUUACAGCACAUUCCAGAGCCAUGAACCCGAGUUCGAUUACCUGAAGAGUUUAGAAAUUGAAGAAAAAAUCAAUAAAAUUAGAUGGCUCCCUCAGCAGAAUGCAGCCUACUUCCUUCUGUCUACCAACGAUAAGACUGUGAAGAUGUGGAAGGUCAGCGAGCGUGAUAAGAGGCCAGAAGGCUACAAUCUGAAAGAUGAGGAGGGCCGGCUGCGGGAUCCUGCCACCAUCACAACCUUGCGGGUGCCGGUGCUGAGACCCGUGGACCUGAUGGUGGAGGCCAUCCCGCGAAGGGUGUUCGCCAACGCCCACACGUACCACAUCAACUCCAUAUCAGUCAACAGCGACUACGAAACCUACAUGUCAGCUGAUGACCUGAGGAUUAACCUAUGGAACUUUGAAAUAACCAAUCAAAGUUUUAAUAUCGUUGACAUUAAGCCGGCCAACAUGGAGGAGCUCACGGAGGUGAUCACGGCGGCCGAAUUCCACCCCCAUCACUGCAACACGUUCGUGUACAGCAGCAGCAAGGGGACAAUCCGGCUGUGUGACAUGAGGGCGUCCGCCCUUUGCGACAGACACACCAAAUUUUUUGAGGAGCCAGAAGAUCCCAGCAACCGGUCGUUUUUCUCUGAAAUCAUCUCUUCAAUUUCGGAUGUGAAGUUCAGCCACAGUGGGAGGUAUAUCAUGACCAGAGACUAUCUGACCGUUAAAGUCUGGGAUCUCAACAUGGAAAACCGCCCCAUCGAGACUUACCAGGUCCAUGACUACCUCCGCAGCAAGUUGUGCUCCCUCUACGAAAAUGACUGCAUUUUUGAUAAAUUUGAAUGUGUGUGGAAUGGGUCAGACAGUGUCAUCAUGACCGGCUCCUACAACAACUUCUUCAGGAUGUUUGACCGCAACACUAAGCGCGAUGUUACCCUUGAGGCCUCGAGGGAAAACAGCAAACCCCGGGCUAUCCUAAAACCACGAAAAGUGUGCGUGGGGGGCAAGCGGAGAAAAGAUGAGAUCAGUGUCGACAGUCUGGACUUUAGCAAAAAGAUCUUGCACACAGCUUGGCAUCCUUCAGAAAAUAUUAUAGCAGUGGCGGCCACAAAUAACCUAUAUAUAUUCCAGGACAAGGUUAACUAGAAGGACAAGUUAUUACUUAAUAAUCUCACAUACUGAAUACUAGUCAAACACGUUUUUAAAUGUUUCUUUGGGUCUUCAUUUGAUGCAUUGACAUUAAUUUCCCUAUGCAGGAAAUAAUUGGAGUAGAGUUAAAGGGGUCCAACUUUCCCAAAGCCCCAUUUCUAAAAAACUUCUGUCAAACCCAAUAGGUUCCCAGACACUUCUGUUUAGAAUGGAGAGCUGCCAGCUAACAGUGAUUCUUCCAUAGUUGACUUGAAUUUCUGAUGCUUUUAUUGCCCUGUUUUCUCUGGUGGGUCCAGUGUUUUGUUUCUAGGUGUCUACUGAGAUAAAAUGAGGUUGUCUGUAGUAUUUAAAGAGAAAAGAGAUAAGUUUUUUUUUAAUUAAGCAAUUCCAUUUGAUUGGAAAAAAUCAACAAAAAAUAAACACCGUUUACUCUUAGAGAAAUUCUCCUUGUCUUGUGAAAAAUCAGAACUAGUUAGCGUCUCCUGCCCCUACAGCCCUUUCUAUUUCCUUCCAUUUUCAACAAUUUCAUUUGAGCCAGAGAUUUAUUUCACGAGGCUGCAAAAAGAUGCAGGUUGAGAAGGAAGGGACACAGCAACACGGCUCUACUACUUCUUUGUAAGCACCAAGGAAACAGCCUGAGAAUUUGGCUGGAAACACUCUGAACCCUUCGGGGGCCCUAAAGAGAACCCUUCCAGGCAGUGCUUCUCAGAGCUGGCUCGGCAGAACCAAGUGGGGCCACAUUCCCUCUGCUGCUUUGUUACUCUCGCUUUUUGUCAUUCCGAGUGGCUCCAAAUAAUCCUCUGCUUACAUGUUGGUUGGCUUUUUCUCUCCAACCUUUUCCAGCUUAUUUAUUCCACUGACUUUAAAGGCCGAGUCCUGGUUGUUCAUUAUCUGGCGCCCUGGACGAAGUCACGGCCCCACCCCGGCUCCCAGAGAAAGGCUGGUCUGUUCUUUCUGGGUGUUUCUCCUAGGCAGCCCCCUCCCUCUUCCUGGGCUGGCUAACCAGAAGUAACAAUCCAUCAAUCCCCAUUGUUGCCAGAACAAAAAAUGGCCAAUAAAAAGGCUGAUUUGUAAAGUU